AUGGACAAAGGUCGGGCAGUGCCCUACGCGGUGGUAGCGGAAGAGGGCUCCAGGGCGUCAGCAGCACCGCACGCAUCUCCGGAGAGUAGCGGGGGGGUGCCACCCAGUGCCGGAUCCCCAGGUUCAUCUGGACAUGGAAAAGAAGGAGACGAAGAGACUAGCGCAGGGCCGCAAGCCGCAAGUUUGGUUCAUCGUCAUAUCUUUGGAGCAAAAGGCGAUGUAAAAAAUGCCGUUCAUUACGUCGAACAAGGACUCGUUGCGUAUCCAGCAGGGCACCAUGUUGUACUGUACUCUACGGAGACGAGGACACAGAAAUUCCUUCUCGGCUCUGACGAGUCCACAGGCUGCACGUGUCUGGCUAUGAGCAUGAAUCGGCGGUUUCUGGCGGUGGGCGAGAAGUGCCCGCAAAGGGCACUGGUGACUAUUCACGAUCUGCUGACGAACAAGAGAAAGAAGUCGCUGGCCUUCGUUGAGUGUGCGUCCACCAGCUUCGUCAGUCUUGCAUUUUCAUCAGACACAAAAUUGCUCCUGGCUCUCGGGGGGCCACCGGAUUGGUGCCUCGUCUACUGGGCGUGGGAGAAACCCAAAGUCCUUGCGUCCUACAAGAUCAACAUCCCUUCCAAAGUUCGCCACUGUGAAUGCUCCUUCAACCCCGUAGACGCAAACGUCGUCUGCAUGAUUGGUGAUGGCGUGAGCCGCUUGAUGAAGCUCCAAGACGGGAGCUUCCGCCCAGUGCAAAAUCAUCUCCUAAAACGGGAAGGGCAAGGAUACACUUGCCAUGCGUGGCUGAUGGAUGGGAACAUCAUAGCUGGCACGGAAGCAGGGGAGCUUCUUUUAUUUGACAACGGAGGGGAUUUCAGGGCGUCUCUAACAUGUGCGCCGGGCUCCAAGGGCUCCGUUCUCUGCAUCAUACCCACGAGCAAGGGUUUUAUCUGCGGUGGGGAAGACGCGACGCUGCACCUGUAUGAAAACGCGGGCGACGAGCAGUACAAGGCAGCGAUGGAGCUGAAAGUGGAGCACCAAAAUGCAGGAGCUCGCGUCACGAGUAUCACUCUCGCGCCCCACGAAGACUCUCUCUGCGUCUGCCUCUCAAAUUCGCAAAUCUUCCAGAUCUCUACCAAAUGCUCAAGGAAGAUCGGCGCUGAAGAAAACCAGGGCCUCACCUACCUGCACACGCCCUUCCAUAUCGGCCCCAUACUCGGACUCGAUGUCUGCGAGUUGAAACCUCUGAUCGUGACUUGCGGCGAAGACAAAUCGAUCCGAGUGUGGAAUUUCCUAGAGAACUCGGUAGAGCUCUGCAAGUUCUACUCCGAGGAAGUCUACAGCGUCGCCUUCCACCCAUCCGGCUUCCACAUUCUCGCCGGAUUUUCUGACAAACUCCGGCUCAUGAAUCUGCUUCUCGACGAGCUGAGGACGAUGAAAGAGUUCCUCAUCAAAGGCUGUCGGGAGUGUCGCUUUUCCAACGGCGGCCACCUCUUCGCAGCAGUCCACUCAAAUCUGAUUCAGGUAUACGAAACGUACACGUGUCGCUCGGUGGCGACGCUCAGAGGCCAUAACUCGAAAGUUCGUGCGCUCUGCUGGUCUCCGGACGACACCAUUCUCGCGUCCACUGGUAUGGACGGAGCUGUCUACGAAUACUACAUCACAAAGGACGGCGCCCGCAUCUCGGACUGGGUACACAAAGGCAUAAGCUUCAGCUCGGUUGUCGCGUAUCGGGGCGAAGAGGCGCUGAACACACUCUUGGUUGUGGGAUCGGACAGUUCGCUGAAGGAGGUCUCAAACUCGCAGCUAGUCAACACCUACGACGCAGGAAGCACCCUCUCUGCGCUCGCGCUCCCCAGAAAGAGGCGGGCGCUCUUCGCUGGAACAGCCGAUGCAGACUGCCCAGGGCAGCUGCGCAGCUACGCCUUCCCUCUGACCGGAGAAUACCUGCGGUACCAUUGCCACGCCGCGCCUGUUCAACGCAUCUGUGUGUCGAAGGACGAGAGUCUGGUGAUUUCCUGCGGCGCGGACGGGACGCUGUGCAUCUGCGGAAUCGUGGAGAAAGAAAAACUCGACGAGGAAGACGAGCUGGUGACAGCCGACUACGCCGACGAAGUCCUCGUGACGCGCACGCAGGUCCGCGAACGCAAGGCGCAGAUGACAGAGCUGGAGCGGCAAGUCGAAGACCUGACGAAUCAGAUGGACUUCCAACUUCGCAAUCGCGAGACGCAACACAAGGAGCAACUGCUGCAGCUCGAAGAACGCUACAACCACGAACUCGAGCUCGAACGGAACAAAUACGAUCUUUUGCGCGAAGAGAAGCAGGAGCAGGAACAGGAGUUCAUUGAGCAAGAGCGAGCCCGGGAGGAGAAGCACGCCGCAAGGAUUCAGCAGAUGGAGACGAACUUCCAAAACAAAAUGACGAUUGAAGUGGCGCGAUACCACAGAGCACUGAGCGAGCGAGAGCGCGACAAUGCGGAGUGGGAAACGCGCUUGAAGCAAGUCACCGACGAGUUCUCCGCCAAAUUCACGCAAAUGACGACAGAUUUCGAGGCCUCCAAGAAGGCCUCGCGCGACGAGCUCGCCACCCUGCAGCAGCAGAAGGAUCUCGCGUUCAAAACGCACCAAGAGCUCCUCAGACAAAUCGAAGAAGACGCUGACCGCGAAAUUGAAGAGCUGAAGGAAACGUACGAGGAAAAACUCGCUCACGAGAACUCUGAGAAAGUCCGGCUGCGCGGGCAAACCGGCAUCCAUCGGAAGAGGCACGAAGAUUUAAAGGAACAAGUGGAGCUCCUCAAAGAGGAGCUGAAGCACAAAGAAGAAAUAGCUCAGCGAUACCGAGCGGACAUCGACAAGCUACUGACCGACAGGGAGAUCGUUUUGAAGGAAGUCCAGGAGCGCGACAGGACGAUUGGCGACAAGGAGCAGCGCGUGUACGAGCUGAAGAAGCAGAAUCAGGAGCUUGAGAAGUUCAAGUUUGUGCUGAGUCACAAGAUUCGCGAGCUGAAAGCCACGAUCGACCCGAAGGACAGAACGAUUGCGGAUAUGCAGAGGCAGAUCCAAGCGAUGGACGCGGAGCUCGUCGACUACCACCGACAGAACAAACUCUCGACUCUAGAGCUGGGUCAGCUCAAGUUGAAGCAGCGCGCGCUUCAGGAUGAGAUCGUCGAUCGCCGGCAGCAGCUGGCGAUCGCUGAACACCAAAUGAAGCGAAUGAAAAACGACUUGUACGAGUGCGUGCAGCACAUCCAAGAUCCGAAGCAGCUGAAGGAGUCCAUCACGUUUCUCUACCAAAAGUACAUCACGAAUGAAGUGUCGAAGGCCGACGUCGACUUUGACAUCUUGAAAGAGCAGAAUCGCCAGCGGGACUACUUGGAGAAGUCUGUCGAGUCUCUCAAGCGCCGCCUAGCCAAAGACUCCGAAGUGCACAGACAGGACAACAUCAAAAUCAUGCAAGAAAACGCCUCGCUGAUCUGCGAAAUCAACGACCUGCGACGCGAGGUCAACCUGCUACGGCUAGAGCGACAAGAGGCGCGAGUCCACGGGGUUUCUCGAAACGGCGCAAAAUUCACACAAAAAGUGAACGAUGGCGCCGACUCGAGUGAAUCUACAGCGGCGCAACCUCCCGCUGAGGAACUGCAGAAAACGAUCGAGCUGCAGGAGAGGCAAAUCGCUGCACUCACGUCGCAGAAUGAGGCCCUCCAACAGAAGCUCCAUCAGCAACAAAAUCACCACGCGCUCGGAAAGGCGCACACAAAUCUGCGCAGAGCAUCGAGAGUGGAGAAAAAAUGCUUCCCAGAAAGCAGCUGGACGCCAAAGCGAAUGCCCGAGUCCGCCCGCACGAAUCCGCAGAACGCUCUCGCAGCGAAGGCGGCGUCAAACACUGGCAAUUCGCGAAAAGUACCUGCGGCGAAGAGGAGACUCUCCUCUCCUGCAAAGCGACUUUCUGCAGCUGCAGCAGACUCAGCGGGUGCGGACUCGCACGAGCGAAGACACUCGACAAACUCAGAAGGGAGUGAGCAGACGGUGGCGGGGGCACAUAGCGAGACUGUAGACGCGACUUCCCCCCUUCCGCUUCGAGACGACAAAGUCAACGAAGCAGGCGAUGGAGCAAGCCCUGAGGGGGGAGAAAAACAGACGGAAGUCGGCGGAGAUGAACCACACGAAGCCCCGCCCGCGCUGGAGGAAGGAGAGAAAGACAAAGGGGAAGACAAACGUGACGAAAGGAAUGACCUCGAAGGGGGUUUGCAGGGGUCCGGGGCUUCAGCCCAGGAAGCGUCGCAUGGACUCCCAGCCGGUGACGCAAAUGAAAAACCAACAACGCACGAAGCAAACGAGCUUGGCGGCGACGGCCGCGCCAGUGAGGAUGCGCGAGAAGGUGCCAACAGCCCCGAGAGGGAGGAAGCUUCCUGA